AAAUUUUACUGAAGAAGCAUUUUCAGACUUCUGUGAUUACUUAAAAAGAACGAUUUUUGAACUUUUGAUUCGCUCCCAAAUUUCCCUCUUCUUCCCGGUUCUUCUUAUUCCCCCUAUUCUUCCUCUUCAGAUUGAAUUAAUUAUCCAAAGCCCCAUCGGCAUGACACAUUAGUCUUGAGGGAUUUGGUCCAUAUGCCCUAAAAAUAUCCUACCCUUCCGCUGCAAUUAUUUAUUCUCUCUUCAAGUUUCCUCUCAGCUGCGAGUAAAAUCAAGAAGAAUCCAUGGAAGCUAUCCUGACUGAUUGUGUGCAGAACAGCCUCCGGCAGUUCAUGCAUCACAACGCCAUUUUCAUGUGCGAACGCCUCUGCGCGGAGUUCCCCUCUGAGAUCAAUUUGCAGUUAUUAGCUGUCUGUUACUUGCAAAGUAAUCAGGCUUAUUCUGCUUAUCAUGUCUUAAAAGGACAAAACAUGGCUCAGUCUCGGUACUUGUUUGCACUAUCGUGUUUUAAGAUGGAUCUUCUCUAUGAAGCAGAAAAGGCACUGUACCCACCAAAUGAGCCGACUGCAGAGGUUCCAAAUGGUGCUGCUGGUCAUUACCUUCUGGGACUUAUUUAUAGGUAUACGGACAGAAGAGAACGCGCUAGUCAACAUUUCACUCAGGCUUUAUCAUUGGAUCCUCUGCUGUGGGCUGCUUAUGAGGAACUCUGCAUAUUAGGUGACGCAGAAGAUGCUACUAGAGUUUUCGGCGAUGCUGCUUCUGUUUGCGUCCAGAAACAGCACAUGACCCACGAAUCAGCAUUGCAAAGUUUGCGAUCAUCCACCAAUUAUCAGUUUGUAAAUGCGAGUAAGAACUUUGGUUCAGAAGAUGUGAGUCCAAGGCCUAUGAAACACAUGCACAGCAAUAAUCAACGAGUCAUCUCUGCUAACCAUCAUGGUCUAUCUCAAACUGGAGGAACUGGCAGUCAAUCUCUAAAUGGUCCUAAUGCCGUGUGUCUCUACAAUACACCCUCUCCGAUGACCACAAUAACACAGUUGUCAGGUGUUGCUCCGCCACCUCUAUGUAGAGGUUUGCAUAUAAAUGGUCCCAACCACCGUGCACUUGGUGCCGAUAGUUCGCCGCGAUCAACUUUAAAUGCAACAAUACCAGCACCAAGAAGAAAAUUUGUUGAUGAAGGAAAACUAAGAAAGGUAUCGGAGAGGUUAUUUACUGAUUCUGGUUCUCGACGGAGCACAAGACUUGCCUCUAGGGAAGACGUGGCCUACUUGAAUUCAAGUGUGUCAACAAUAUCAGGGAAUGGAACAAAUCACUCAUCAAAGUUUCUUGGAAGCUCUAAGUUGACCUCUGCAUCCUCGCGGAAAGUCACAGGCCAUAAUGGACAAUCUUGGGCGGAUGAAAAUUUUGAUGAAGGGACUAAGCAUGAUGUCUACGAUGAUACUCAUAUCAGUAGUAUUACCUCUUCAUCCACCUCUAGUGAACCUCGAUCUGUGGAACAGGAAGGGCCAACGGCGUCUGUAGGUGGGGUUUGUAUAAAUGCUUCAAGGAUUUCAGCGGGUGCUUCAGAGUUGUUGGCACUCUUGCAGAUUCUUGGAGAAGGUUAUAGACUCUUCUGUGUUUAUAGAUGUCAGGAUGCAUUGGAUGUCUAUAUGAAGCUUCCUCAAAAACAAUAUAAUACAGGCUGGGUACUCUCACAGGUUGGAAAAGCGUACUUUGAAUUGCUUGAUUAUGUUGAAGCAGACCAUGCUUUUAGUCUUGCUCGCCUCGCCUCCCCUCAUAGUUUAGAGGGAAUGGACAUCUACUCUACAGUUCUUUAUCAUCUGAAGGAGGAUAUGAAGUUGAGUUAUCUCGCUCAAGAGCUAAUAUCAACCGACCGCUUGGCUCCGCAAUCUUGGUGUGCUCUGGGAAAUUGCUAUAGCUUACAAAAAUGCCAUGAGACAGCUCUGAAGAAUUUCCAGCGAGCAGUGAAGCUAGAUUCAAGAUUUGCCUAUGCUCAUACUCUUUGCGGUCAUGAGUACGUGGCUAUGGAGGAUUUCGAGAAUGGUAUCAAUAGUUACCAGUGUGCUCUUCGGCUUGAUGCCAGACAUUAUAAUGCCCGAUAUGGUCUUGGAAUGAUAUACCUUCGCCAAGAGAAUUUUUUUUUUGCUGCACAUUACUUCAGAAUGGCACUUGAAGUCAAUCCUCGGUCUUCUGUCAUAAUGUCAUACCUGGGAACAGCUUUACAUGCCUUGGGGGCAAAAAUCCAUUUGAGCAUGGAGAAAUACGAAGGAGCCCUCGAAGCACUGGAGAAGCUCAAGGAUGAUGUACCUCAGGAGAGCAGUGUCUAUGCGUUAAUGGGUAGGAUAUAUAGAAGGCUCCAUAUGUGUGACAAGGCUAUGCUUCAUUAUGGAAUUGCAUUGGACAUGAAACCACCUGCAACAGAUGUUGCUACAAUUAAGGCGGCCAUUGAGAGGUUGCGCGUUGCAGAUGAGUUAUCAGAUGAUUGACCAUUUGCUAGUUUUAGCCUGUAAUUCAUUCCUUCUCAAAUCAUGACCUAUUUACGGUCUAGCCUCCUAAUACAAACUUAGAUGGGUAGAUCAACUUCAACUCCAACGUCCAAGACAAAACUCUCUAAUGUACAGGGAAAAUUGAGUUUUUCAUAAUAUAUUAGUUUCACAAAUUCAAUCGAUC